CCAGCUCAUCUCCACCAGGGCAUCCUCAUCCCUUCAGCAUCGCCUCCUGAGAGAAUUCCUGGUAGAUGUUGAGGCAAAGGCAAAUGACCUGCUGCUGCACAACAAUGUGAGGUGGCUGAGUAAAGGGAAUGCAUUGGGGCGUUUCUGGUCUGUUCGAAAGGAAAUAGCUGCUUCUUUGGAGCAGCUCAGCAGUCAGAGAACAGCCCAGUUUUCACUCUUCCUGAAAGAUGACCACAAGAUGGAGAUGGUUGCAUUUUUAGUUGACAUCAUAUCACAUCUUAAGGAGCUCAAUUUGAAACUACAGGGCCAAAAAAAUUUGGUUGCAGAUAUGAUGUCAGCAGUUCGAUCCUUCCAGAGAAAGCUGGACCUUUUCAAACAGGAUCUUGAUGGAGAGUUGGAGCAUUUCCCAACACUGCAGGGACAGUGUCAGGCUGAGAGAGAUGUGUCUCCCUAUGUUGCUUUCAUUGACAAGUUGGCCAGAAAUUUCCAUGACAGAUUCAACAACUUCCACCUUGGGCAGCAGCUCCUCCUGCUCAUUCAAAAUCCCUUCCUCAUCAGAGAGGUCAGAUUAUUUUCAAAGGAGGCGACUCAGGCAUUCAAGUGGGCACAUGCAGGAUCUCUGCAGCUUGAACUCAUUGUUCUGCAAGGAAAUGCUGCAUUAAGAGAGCAUUUUGAGACAACUGACCCUGCUACUUUCUGGUUGCAGACUGUUCCUGAGGGUGUGUUCCCUGGUCUUACCAAAGUAGCACUGCACACCCUGACAAUGUUUGGAUCGACUUACAGCUGUGAGUCAGCUUUUUCAACUAUGAACAUCAUCAAAAACAAGUACCGAUCUAGGCUCACCAAUGAACACCUACAUGUCAGCAUGAGAAUGGCACUAACUCAGUUUCAACCCAGAUUUAAACUACUGGCAGGACAGCCACAUGCCCAUUUCUCACAUUAAGAAGCCAAAAAGAAUUCAAAGAAGAAAAAGUUCAAGAAGAAAGGACAGUUCAAAGAAAAAUGUUCUAUGAAAAAAUGAAGUCAACACUUUUUUUUUUUGCACUUUUUAAUGUUUCCUGAGUUUACUU